CGACGUCUUGUUCUUCGUUAGCAUUGCCAGUUUCCCUUUUCGCCAAACACCAUCUCACAAUGCCAUCCGCAACAGGUCACAACAAACGCGUUAGGGGCGUUUCGGUAUUUAGACCUUUCAUUUUUGGCAGUGAAGCGCAACCCUUCGACCCAGCGAACAAACCCGCCCACGUCCCCGCAGACCACACCCAUCAAUGGCGCGUCUACGUCAAAGGCGUCAACGACGAGGAUAUCUCCUACUGGCUAAAAAAGGUCCAGUUUAAACUACACGAGACAUACGCGCAGAACGUCCGAUCCGUCGAGCAAGCGCCUUUCGAGAUACUAGAGACCGGAUGGGGAGAGUUCGAGAUCCAGAUCAAACUUUACUUCAUCCCGGAGUCGACAGAGAAGCCCCAGACGUUGUGGCAUAGUUUGAAACUUCACCCGUAUGGUCAUGAUGCAGAGGGGAAGAAGGAGAGACGGGAGGUUGUGGUUAGCCAGAACUACGAGGAGGUUCUUUUCAAUGAGCCGGUGGAGCAGUUUUAUGACUUGCUCACGGGAGGCUCGUUAAAUGGACAACCACAGAAGGGUAAAGGGGGAAAGAAUACGAAGGCGGGGCAGCAGGGGAAGAGGACUGCUGAGAUUCCGUUGAACGAGACCCCCGGAAAUCCUUAUAGCAGGGCAACGGAAAACAAGGAAAUGGGCAGGUUGGCGGAAGCAAACAAGACAGUUGAGCAGAUGAUCGCGGACGAAAAGGCGCGACUCGUUGAGCGUGAGAAGAAACUGGCUGAGUUAAGAGAAAGUGAGGGUGUUCCGGCCAACACGAAGAAGAGAUAAACGAUCUUUCUUGCCGGAAUGACUCCUUUUCAACGCGGACUUUGAGCUAACGUCUUUAUCGACUGGCACUACCCUUCCCCACCUGUGACAUCAAGACCACCACCAAAACUCCCGAUUGUAUACUCUCCGAUAAUGGAGGAGACAGAAGCAACCAUGAGGGUCUCGUUGAAAUUGGCCAUUGGCAGUGGGCAUCUAUUUAGGAACAGAGAGCCGGUCUCUCAGUGGAUAGUUGUUGUGGUUGGGAUGCGAAAAGCCUUCGAAGCUACCCCUCUCACUGUCGCCAUGGAUACAACGACUCUGGCAUAUAUGCCAUAUCUACCAAGCACCGCACCAACUGGGCUACCCAUGCCUCUUCAGUUACGAAAAUAUAAUGAUUCUAUUUACAUUCCGAAGCGGAAAUUCUAAUGAGUAAUAAUACAGAUAAUACUCCGACCCAAUUUCUCCAAACUCCUGAUAUAGAACUAGCAGUGGUGGG